GUGUUUAUGGUACUAUUCGUUAGAGGCGCUGUAAGGUGUUGUCAAGAAGGUUUUCGGUUGUUCGUGCACGAUAUAUACUGUUUUUUAUUGAUUUAUUCUCUUUCGGCGUCAAACACCCAUGAUGACUGGUGUGGAGUCAAUGAUAGUGGAGGAAAAACAAUCUCCGACGAAAGUAGUAGACAGAGAAAAGACAUGCCCGCUUCUCCUGAGAGUUUUUUGCUCUACCGGAAGGCACCAUUCUGCUGCUGAGUAUGCCCAUGGAAACGUUCCAAGCAAUGAGUUGCAGAUCUAUACCUGGCAAGAUGCAACACUACGUGAAUUGACCACCUUGGUGAGAGACGUGAAUCCGGAGACUCGUCGGAAAGGUACAUACUUUGAUUUUGCCCUUGUCUAUCCUGAGAGGGGCCAAUAUCGCAUGCGAGAAAUUGGGGUUACUUGCUCCGGAGCCAAAGGGGCUGACGACUCUAAGACCCUACACCAGGCCAAGUUUUGCAUUGGUGACUAUAUGGACAUUAACAUCACACCACCGAUGCGGAAGCGAUAUUAGACAUGUAUGUCUCUCACAUAACUUCUCUGUCUUUUUUAUUCUAAUGUAACUCAAUAUCCAGAAUGUCUUUUCCUGUGUCACGAGUGACCCGACUUAAGGAAUAAAUUAAACUUUACGAAUUCCUAUGAA